AUUCCCCUGUUAUUAUCAAGAUGAGGCGAUUGUCAUGGUCAGGUAGCAGCUCCGAUCAAGUUCGUCGAGGCUCAUCAUUAAAGACCUCUUCAAGAGCCUUCCAACACCACUGUCAUCUCACAAAAACCUCCGGAAGCACUCUCCCGAGGCUUCCUCCAAACGCGAGAUUGAUCCCCCGCCUCAAGAGAUCCUUCCAAAAGCUCAUAAUCGUCUCUGAGCACCACCCGUACUCAAUUUACCUCCGGAGUCGGGGGGUCAUUUCCGCGGAGAAGAGGAGGCACUGGAGAUCGAAAAACUGGUGGGUCGUUCAUCCCUUCAGUCGCCUGAGACUUCUCUGGGAUUAUUUGAUGACCCUCACGCUGGUUUAUUACUUCAUUGCGGUACCUUACGUCAAAUGCUUCUUCAGAAUUUGUGGACGAGAGACAUCCGAGAGCUCUGAGUACGUGAAUCCGGUGUUUGGGGUGUGUCUCAUGGAUAUUUUCAUGAGUUUUUUCACGGGUUUUCGGGACGAGGAGGCGAUGGAGAUCGAAUUGGAGCCGGGAGUGAUAGCCAGGCAUUAUACAGGUGGAUUUUUCCUCCUCGACCUGAUAACUUCGAUACCUUACUCCUGGUUCACCUCCACCCACCUCGAGCCCCCCGGCCCUGAGGUCAAUUUCCUACAAUUCAUAGCGGAAAUACUACCCCUGCUCAAGAUAUUACGGAUAUCGACAUUGAGACAUUACAUAAAACAGCUGAUUGCCAUAUGUGGCUACAGUUCCGUUGUAGAUAUAACGGUUUGGUUGUCACUACUAAGUGUUCUCAUACUCCACUGGAGUGCCUGCCUCACCUGGGGAUUCCCGUUCGUAACUUUGUACGCCACGCGCGAGAGGAUCGAGAGAUCCGAUGCUCAUGUCGUGAAGAAUGGAAUUUAUCAGGAGAAUUCUUGGUACAUUUACCUGUUCAGUUUGCACAUGGGAUUGAGUAAUCUAGUUGGAUCUAAUUUUAUGGAGCUCCUGGACACUUCCACGAGUGACAAAAUCGUCAGGUGUGUUCUGCUGCUACUGGGGACCGGAUAUCUGAUUUAUCUCAUUGUUGUUUUCUUACAACUGAUUGAGUCAUCUGCUGAGCCUGAGCUCAAGUACCAAUUGAUAAUGAGCCGAGUUAAGGAAUACAUAGAGGAUAAAAAUUUAUCGAAAGAUCUAGGUGACAGAUUGAUUAAAUACUAUGAGUACAGAUACGAGGGGAGUUACUUCAAGGAGAACGCGAUAGCUAGUACUUUAUCGAAUCAUCUGAGGCUCGAGAUCAAUGUCAGGUCGAAUCGGGGUCUCCUGGAGACAGCCACGGUCCUUCAUAAUUUACCUAGAACUCUUCUGGCGAAUCUAUUGAACUCGAUGACGCCUGUCAUUUACCUAGAGAACGACGUAAUCUAUCGGUACGGGGAUGAGGGGGAGUGCAUGUAUUUUAUAUCGAGUGGAACUGUCGCUGUGAUAAAUUCCCUGGGAAAAGAGUUAGAUCACCUGGUUGAUGGCAGCCACUUCGGUGAACUCUCCCUCCUCCACCAGAACUAUCCCAGGGAAGUCUCGGUUAUCGCCAUCGAGACCUGUGAACUCCUCCAGCUCAACCGACGCACCUUCUCCCGUCUCAUCGUUCCCAACACCGAGCUCCAUCGGAGACUCACUCAAAUUUCCGAAAAACGGCUCGUGGACAUUCACAACUCCACUGAAAUAUCCCAGCAGGACCGGGAAAUCUCGAACCGUAGAAAAUUCGAUAUGAAAAAACUCCUCAUGAGGACUGAGGUCGUAUCAGUUAACUCCACCUCCACAGACUGAAAUAAAUAUCAACAUAGAAAUGGAAAUUCAUGGAAAUUCAAUUCAUGUUCAUUCCAGUAUAUAUUUUCUUCCUUUUUCAUUAUACUUAUAUACUUCAAGUAUCCAAGCACGAAUAUAUGUUCGCAGAUGUGACAAGUUUUCUAUAAACUCUCUCGAGUUAUUCUUUCUUUUCGCUACUCCAUGAAACGUUUACAAUUGUUUAUUGAUUCAAUGAUUUCGAGUGGAAUAAUGAAAUAAUAAUUAUCUCGUGAUGUUUUUAGCUCUCGUUACUCGAAAUUUUUUUGUAGAUAAAUAGAGAGAAUGAGAUUAAUUUCACUUUGUUUUUAUGAAAUUCCGAUUUCGACCAUCAUUUUUUCGAAAUAUCUUGGAAACGAAGGGAGACAGUGCAAAAAUCAUCAACACCUUCUUCGUAGCCCGUGAAAUUACCCACCAAGAAGGCUCAGAGGACGAUUUCGAUGUCCCACUUAUUUUCGGAGAUAAUCUCAAAAAUUGUAAUCGAAAUUUCCCCAAUCUCGUUCCCCCCCUUCACCUUUUCACCUAAAACAAAUUUGAAAAAUUCAGAGAUGAUUUCACCAUUCACUCAUCAUCCACCCAAACUCACCCCCACUCUCCCCCCUCCCCCAAAUCCAUAAAAAAAUAACGACUAAAAUAUUAAACCAUUCGCCCAUUUUUUUGUAAGAAUGCACUGAAAAAAAAAUUAUAAAAAAAAAACAUUCACUUGAUUUUUUUUUUUCAUCAUUAUUUAGGGCGCGUUCAGAGUGUAUUUACAGUUAGAUACAUAGAAGGCAUUCGAAGCUUGCUACAUUGUCGACUUAUCUCCUCCCAUUUAUUAAUUUUGUUCAUUCAAUUGUUCGUCAACUGCACCGCACACUCACUCACACGUGGAUUACAAAUUCAUGUCGCCAGUUUUUCAAUGCUUAAUUGUUUAUAUCUCCCGUCUUUUCUUUUCUUUCGCGAAUCAAAGGCUCAACUCGUAUUAAUCAAUCCUUUUCCAUCAUGAAUAUUUUCUUCCCUUAAUCAAUUAAUUUAAUUAAUUUUCUGGAAUGUACCUAUCAUCUAUCAACUAGCACGUUAUGAUUAAAAAUAAGUUUCAGUCAUUUACAGUUUUAUGACACUUCCGAAUGAUUCAGUGGACCCUCUUACGUUUUUUUUUUCAAUUAUUUAAUUAAAUUUCACAACGUUAAAUUUAGAAAUCAAUAGUUAUUCACAUAAUUGUGCUCAACAUAUUAAACUCGAUAUGUUUAUUUUUUUUUAUUUUGUGCAGAAAGGAUAAAAUGAGGGGUAAUAAUUACAGAAAUCAAUGAUGCAAUUAAUCAGUCAAUUGUUCAUCAGGUUGAUUGGGUGAUUGAUUAAUUUCAUCUAUCGAUUGGACACAUCAUUUAGACUCUUUGGCAUUGAUAAUUAAUAAAAUGUAUUUGGUUAAGUUCACGCCCCUUCGGAAGGUCAUUCCUAUCAAUUUUUAAUUAAUUUUCAUCUUCCUUUGAUAUAAUUAAUUAUACAGCUACUAUGAGUGGUGAUAGCUUGCACGGGGGGAAAUACUUGGCAGGGAAAAAAACAUCAACAACAAUGAUUCCUCAUGUAUCAACAACAUUAACAACAUCGGCGUUCAUCAUUCUAGUAUCUUCAUUAUUUUAUUUACGAGAUUUGUGGUUUACUCGUCCUGAUUAGGGGGAUAAUUUCGUCGGGGAGACAGGGGCAAAAUGAAGUAUGAGAAGAAAACACGAUUUAGUACGAUUUAGAAUUUUCUUCCUAUUUUCGGAGAGGGUCAAAUCGUGAGGGUGAGGGUUUAAUGGCCCCUGAGAAUAUCAGGGUCAAGUGCUGGUGAAAAUAAUAUUCUUGACCGAGGGAUAAUUUAAUUUUUCAUAAUUAAAUUGCACAGCCCUCAAAAAUAUCUAGAAUUCCACGUCUUAAUGGGUCACUUGACUCUCCCCUAACAAAAAAAAAAUUGUUCCCACCUGUUUUGUCCUGGUCUCCCCGAAAUAGCUGAAAAUCACUGGGAAAAUACGAAAGUUAAAUUAUAACUUUCUCCAUAUUUCAAAUUUUCAUUUCGAAUAAAUCCUCCCCAUUUUCUCCAAAUGCUCAAAUUCUCGUUGAAAGCCACAAGAUACGUGAAAUAAACUCUCAUCUCGUCCUUUAAAUGCAAAAUCUUGGGACUCAAGCAUCUCGUAAUCAUAAUCCCUCAUCAUUUCUCUUCCAAUCGUUGUCACAAAUUGAAAUCCUCAUCUCCUAAACAUUAUAUUAAUCGUUAAAUUACAAUUUUUCAUGCCUUUUCUAUAUCGAUAUCUCACGUCGAGUUCAAUUAUCAUUCCUCUCAUUAUCCAUGAAUCCAUACACACACGAUUCUCUGGUUCCUUCUAAAUUUUUCCAACCUCACAUCAUCAAUUUAAUUUAUUUAUAUCCUGUUGAUUUAUUAAUUUAUUGCAUACGCUUUGGACCAUCGAUCGAUCGAUAUCCACAAGUGACUCGAUAAAUUGUGCGUUUAAUCGUUCUCCAGAUCAUAAUUAAUCAACAACAUUGUUAAUUAAUUACUCGAAUUUUACGUUCAUCUAAAACCGUCGAAUCUCCUCAUUCAUGCGGCAAUUUAUCUGUUUAUUAUUGAUUAUGCAGUCUUUUCAGUGAAAUAAUCAAUCAAAAUUUCAACGAAACAUAUUCAUCACUAUUAAUUAUCAAUAUUUAUUGAAGAUUGAUGGGCUUUAGAUGACAAAAUCGCGAUUCUUUCGGACGAUGAGAUGAAAUCAAACGGUUAAAUUCAUGAUAAUUAUUAAUUAGUAAUGCUUCAACUGUAUUUAUAUUUACAAACAGUUCACUCCCAGUAAUUGAAAUUUUUCAAGUUAAAUUAAUUGUUUAAUCUAGGUGAAUGAAGUAAAAUUACAGUUAAUGUAAAUGUAAAUCAUUUGAUGAUAAAUCGUCUAGUUUGUAGAUCCGUUUUGAUUCAUAUGGUUUUAGGUAAUUAGCGAUUAAAAUUAAAUCAAUGGCACCUGUUCACUAUUCUAAAUUGUCUGUGUUAAAUUAUGAAAAAAAUUACAACCGGGGAUCAUUGAGGAAAAAGCUUGGGUAAUACUGAAUUCCUGGGCCGUAAUAUUUACAGAUAUAUUAGGAUUAAUUAGUUAAUUAAUCGAUUUUAGAGGGAGAGGUACGUCCAGAGGUUUCUCAGGCUUUGAUUAUUUUUCCUCGAGUCGAUGAUUCGCCUACUCUCAAUACAUUAAUUAUGUUGAUUGAGUCAUUAUGUUUCAUUAAUGUGUGUCAUGAGGAGUGAAUGAUUGUCCUAUUGGUGGAGUAAUUUUUCAACCCCAGACUCUCAGUUUUCCUCGCGUAAUGAAAAUUAAAAUGGUGAGAAAAUUAUACGAAUGGCAAAUGUGAUUAAAUUGAAUAAAUUCCAAAAUCACAUCCCUGACGAUUUAGAAAAAAAAUUUCCCUUCUCGUAGUCCCAAGAAACCCCCAAACCCUCGAUCGAUCGACAGUCAAGCCGAAAAAAUUCACACAUGAAUAAAUAUCCCUCGAAAAUUCUACCACACAUAUCCCACUCACAAAUAAUUAAUAAGAACUUCUCAUUUAAUCAUCAAGGUAUAAAAUCCACCCUAGUUGAUUUGAAUAAUUUAAGUUAUUCUUUGAAGCCCCCCUCCCCCCCUAGCGUUAAUUAACAAUCAGAGGACACACAUUACGACUAAAAAUCACCUCGAGCCUCUGAAAAUAAUAUUCACUGUUUCCCUCGAUGCAAUUAAUAUUCAAUACUCAAAAUCCCCGAUAAAUCCUCUCAUUUACAACAAAAUCCCCAAAAACAUUAACCUUAAAAUUAAUUAUCAGGUCUUAAUGAAUAAAUCAUCAUCCAUUAAUCUCGAAAAAUUCAUCAUUAUUCAUAACAAAAUUCAUUACCUAUUCCACAUCAGACGAUUGGUUAUUUAAAAAAAAGGCUGAAGAGGUCUUUUAUCCGUCCACUUAAUAUUUGUGCAGUUGUGAUGUGACUUUGUCAUGUCAUAAGUACAAUAUGACAGUAAAAAUGAUUUAAAAAAAAUUAAACAA